GUUUUCUGAAGGAACUCAUUUAUAACCUUCAGUCUUCUGGAUCCACAUCGAAAAGAGGUCCCUUCGGACAGCAAGGGACACUUCUGGGUACUUGAAGAUCCUCAACCAUUUUUUAGUGAAUAUCUUUGUUCUUGGCAAAAAUCUGUACAACAUUUGGAAAGUGGCAAUCCACAUGCAAUGUCUCCAUUUAAUUCUUUUCUUCCUGAUGCCUCUUGAGGACAGAAGCUGAGUGGCUUUAACGUGUUCUCUAAUUGCUUUUGCUUUUGCUCUUUUCUGGAUCCUCUGGAGACAGGCCAGCUUCAUGUUGUCAUUAAGAUGCACGCUGAGGCUGUGCAUACACGCCCUAUUGUAGCCACAAGCGACUGUGUUGCUUGUAUUGUGGGUCAUCAAAGCAAAUACUUUGCCAUCCCUCAUCUUCUAGAAUGUUCCAUAUUGCGCAGCUGAUAUGAUCUGCAGUAUAUCUCUUCCCUCUUGUUGUCUCCCCCACCCCCCCCAAAAAAUUCAUUGAGAUGCAUCCAAAGUGUUUAUUAUUCCUUCUCCAUGAUUAUUUGUCUAGUUAUAAGUUGAAGAAGACACAGUGCUUACAGUUUUUUCUUUGUUACAUAUUCCAGAAUCCAUCCAUCUUCUGCCUGAAAGAGGCUAUUUUGGAGAAUAUCUGCUGGGCAAAUGAUAUAAUAGCUUUCCUUGUUUAAAGACAUUUUGCUGGCAUUUUCAGUUCUUGAUAGCAGCAUUCCUAAAGACCCUAUAGCGCUGGACAGAGUCUGGUCUGCCUUGGUGUGACAAGCAUGUCUCCAAAUUAAGCCACAGAGAGUUUGGGGGAUGCAGCCACAACAUGAGUUCCUUCAGGAUAUUUACUGAACAGCCAUUGGUGGUGGGGCCCUGCUUUUUUACUUCACGGUCUCCCUGUUCUUUGAAACAUUUAGUCUGUGAGUGAUUCUAGCAGCAUUGAGGACAGUAUUUGCAAAGAACCUCUGUUUCUCAGGAAUCAUUUGCCGUGUGGCAAUGCUUCCUUUUUUUUCUAGGUUUAUUGAGAGACCAUUGACGUAUACCGUCGUGUAAGUUUAAGGUGUACAACCGGGUGAUUUGGAAAUGCUUCUUACUUGCUAUAUGCUCUAAGUUAAACUCUAUCUCACAAGUAGGGUUCUAGUGGCAUGAAAGGGAAAUUUCAGUGGCUGAUGGGCAGAUACCCAUUAUGCACCAGCCCACACAGCUGCAAAAGCUGUGCCCUUUCAUGACAACCACAUGGGGGUGACACUGAAGGCUUCAUCUUGCGAGACAGCCAGCAUUGCCAGGGAAAUUAGAUUAGCAGGAAUCAAAUUAUGACUUUCUUAUUUAUCGAAGUUAAAUAGUGCAGUAGUUUGAUUUUGACCUCAUUAUGAAAUGUGCAGUUUUCAAUGAUGGUGUGGAUCACCUGGCCAUGACUGUCCUGGAGGAAAUAGGUUCCAGUUUCCAAUGGCUUUCUUUUUUCUCUCUCGGUUUGACGGCUUUGAACAACCUGCCUCUUAGUUUCUUCUUCACAGAAAUAAGUGGAAUGUACCGCUCUGGUCCAUGCAACUUGCAGACUUUUGAGACUCAGUCACAAGGAGAGAAAUGGGUCCCCACUAAUAUCUAGACCAAUGAGCAAAGGCAGGUCUGAGCCCACUGGUCUUCAUCGUGACCCUGGAGGCAGCCAUGCCCCCUCAUCAUGUGCUUGUGAGCCAUGGGGGUGUGCUUGUACAGGGAUGGCCUUUUUAGGUUCCCAAUUGGGAACACACUUGAUACCAUUCUGCAUGGACUACUUACCCUUAGAAAUUAUUUUUGUAAUCAGUGCAUAAACUGUUGUCCCUAUUCUUUAAGGUUGUGCCAUAAUUUAUUAACCAUCUUUCUCUUGAUGAACAGUUACUUUACAGGUUUUUCCCUUCCAAACAAUUCUGCAAUAAAUAUCCCUGUUUGAACUUCUGUGCAACCAGAUCCAAGGAUAGAGUACCGGGGCGCCUGGGUGGCUCAGUCACUUGAGCAUCCCACUUCGGCUCAGGGUGGCCGUAGGAGGAGGAGAGGAGAGGAAAUGAAGAGAAAGAACUGAAAUAGCUCCUUCCAGAAGAAAAGGGAAACAAGUUCGGCAGCAGACCUCCAGUCUUACAAAGCAGCAGCCCCGCCUGGGAGCAGGGUGGCGGCCAGGGCAAUGGUGGGAGCCCUGAAGAUGCCCCAUGGCUGCUGAGGGGGCCGCCCGGUCAGGGAGCGGAGUGGCGGGCAUGGUGUGCAGUCUCUGGGUCCUGGGGCUGGCGUCCUCAGUUCUGGCUCUGGAAGAGGUGCUUCUGGACACCACUGGAGAGACAUCCGAGAUUGGCUGGCUCACCUACCCACCAGGCGGGUGGGAUGAAGUGAGCGUUCUGGACGACCAGCGACGCCUGACUCGGACCUUCGAGGCAUGCCAUGUGGCAGGGGCCCCUCCGGGCACCGGGCAGGACAACUGGCUGCAGACACACUUUGUAGAGCGACGAGGAGCGCAGAGGGCACACAUCAGACUCCACUUCUCCGUGCGGGCGUGUGCCAGCCUGGGCGUGGCCGGAGGCACCUGCCGGGAGACCUUCACGCUUUACUACCGCCAGGCGGAGGAGCCCGAUGGCCCCGACAGCAUUUCCUCCUGGCACCUCAAACGCUGGACCAAGGUGGACACGAUUGCAGCGGACGAGAGCUUCCCCGCCUCCUCCGCCUGGGCCGUGGGCCCGCGCGGCGCUGGGCAGCGGGCCGGGCUGCAGCUGAAUGUCAAAGAGAGGAGCUUCGGCCCCCUCACCCAGCGAGGCUUCUACGUGGCCUUCCAGGACACGGGGGCCUGCCUGGCCCUAGUGGCGGUCAAGCUCUUCUCCUACACCUGCCCCUCCGUUCUCCGCGCCUUCGCCUCCUUCCCUGAGACGCAGGCCAGUGGGGCCGGAGGCGCCUCCCUGGUGGCCGCCGUGGGCACCUGUGUGGCUCACGCAGAGCCAGAGGAGGAUGGAGGUGGGGGACAGGCCGGGGGGAGCCCCCCCAGGCUGCACUGCAAUGGGGAGGGCAAGUGGAUGGUAGCUGUUGGGGGCUGCCGCUGCCAGCCAGGGCACCAGCCCGCCCGUGGAGACAAGGCCUGCCAAGCCUGCCCCGAGGGCUCCUACAAGGCCACGGCUGGGAACGCCCCCUGCUUGCCCUGCCCAGCCCGCAGCCACGCCCCCGACCCUGCGGCGCCUGUUUGCCCCUGCCUUGAGGGCUUCUACAGGGCCGGUUCCGACCCCCCAGAGGCCCCCUGCACUGGCCCGCCUUCGGCUCCCCGGGAGCUUUGGUUCGAGGUGCAAGGCUCAGUGCUCAUGCUGCACUGGCGCCUGCCUCAGGAGCUGGGGGGACGCGGGGACCUGCUCUUCAAUGUCGUGUGCAAGGAAUGCGGAGGCCACCAGGAGCCUGGCACGGGCACCCCGGGCACCUGUCGCCGCUGCAGGGAUGAGGUGCACUUCGACCCCCGCCAGAGGGGCCUGACUGAGAGCCGAGUGUUAGUUGGGGGGCUCCGGGCACAUGUGCCCUACAUCCUGGAGGUGCAGGCUGUGAACGGGGUGUCAGAGCUCAGCCCCGACCCUCCCCAGGCUGCCGCCAUCAAUGUCAGCACCAGCCACGCAGUUCCCUCUGCAGUCCCUGCAUUGCACCAGGUGAGCCGGGCAUCCAACAGCAUCACGGUGUCCUGGCCACAGCCGGACCAGACUAACGGGAAUAUCCUGGACUAUCAGCUCCGCUACUAUGACCAGGCAGAAGAUGAAUCCCACUCCUUCACCCUGACCAGCGAGACCAACACGGCCACCGUGACCCAGCUGAGCCCUGGCCACAUCUAUGGCUUCCAGGUGCGGGCGCGGACUGCCGCAGGCCACGGCCCCUACGGGGGCAAGGUCUAUUUCCAGACGCUGCCUCAAGGUGAGCUGUCCACCCAGCUGCCAGAGAGACUCUCCUUGGUAAUUGGGUCCAUCCUGGGGGCCUUGGCCUUCCUCCUGCUGGCAGCCAUCACCGUGCUGGCUGUCGUGUUCCGGAGGUGAGCCCCUUCUUGCCGUCCUGGCCUUGCACCGCGCCCUCAUGACAUGCCCCAUUUGCCCACAGGACUUGGGGUGAAGUAUUACAUCGACCCCUCCACGUACGAGGACCCCUGCCAGGCCAUCCGGGAGUUUACCAGGGAGGUGGAUCCCGCGUAUAUCAAGAUCGAGGAGGUCAUUGGGGCAGGCUCCUUUGGUGAAGUACGCAGGGGCCGCCUGCAGCCCCGGGGACGGCGGGAACAGGCUGUGGCCAUCCAGGCCCUGUGGGCUGGAGGCACCGAGAGCCUCCAGAUGACCUUUCUGGGCCAGGCUGCAGUCCUGGGCCAGUUCCAGCACCCCAACAUCCUGCGGCUGGAGGGCGUGGUCACCAAGAGCCGGCCCCUCAUGGUGCUGACGGAACUCAUGGAGCUGGGUCCCCUGGACAGCUUCCUCAGGCAGCGGGAGGGCCAGUUCAGCAGCCUGCAGCUGGUGGCCAUGCAGCGAGGAGUGGCCGCAGCCAUGCAGUACCUGUCCAGCUUCGCCUUCGUGCACCGUGCCCUCUCUGCCCACAGCGUGCUGGUGAAUAGCCACCUGGUGUGCAAAGUGGCUCGUCUUGGCCACAGUCCUCAGGGCCCAAGUUGUAUGCUUCGGUGGGCAGCCCCAGAGGUCAUCGCUCACGGAAAACAUACAACGUCCAGUGACGUCUGGAGCUUUGGGAUAGUGAUGUGGGAAGUGAUGAGUUAUGGAGAGCGACCCUACUGGGAUAUGAGUGACCAGGAGGUGCUAAAUGCAAUAGAACAGGAGUUCCGGCUUCCCCCACCUCCAGGCUGUCCUCCUGGACUACAUCUGCUCAUGCUAGACACUUGGCAGAAGGACCGUACCCAGCGGCCCCAUUUUGACCAGCUGGUGACUGCGUUUGACAAGAUGAUCCGAAAGCCAGACACUCUACAGGCUGACGGUGGCCCUGGGGACAGACCUUCCCAGGCCCUUCUGAACCCUGUGGCCCUGGACUUUCCUUCUCUGGACUCACCCCAGGCCUGGCUUUUGGCCAUUGGACUGGAGUGCUACCAAGAAAACUUCUCCAAGUUUGGCCUCUGCACCUUCAGUGAUGUGGUCCAGCUCGGCCUGGAAGACCUGCCUGCCCUGGGCAUCACCCUGGCUGGCCACCAGAAGAAACUGCUGCACAACAUCCAACUCCUUCAGCAGCACCUGACGCAGCCGGGCUCAGUGGAGGUCUGAGGCCUGGGCUCCAGCUGUGCGUGGGCGAUGCCCUGGACAGCCCCGGCCGUAGGUCCCAGGAGCGAUAUGCGAGACCAGAGCCAGUCUCCGUCCUGGCCUCCUCGAGAGGCGCCUGCCUCACUACACCCAACCCCCUGGACGCUUCGCUCCCCAGUCCUCCUCUGCCCUCCUCCGCCCUCCCCCGCAUUAAAGGGAAAGAAGAGACUUUGCAAGUUG